UGCGCUUUGCCUGACUCAGCCGCGCCGCCUGUCGUCAAGGAGCUGGACCGGUGCAGGUCGUGGACUAAUAAGAGUAAAUCACAUAGGUUUCACAUCUCUAGGUUAGGCUAAGCAGGAAUGGCGCUUCCGGCGCCCGUGGCCAUUGUGGGCUUGAGCUGCUUUGUUAUCCUCUUGGUGGAGGUUCUGACCGUACUGUUUGUAUCUAAUUCAUCGGGUUUCAAGCGUAUCGUCGCAGAUAUUGAUCGCACCAGCAAGGAGCUUGAGCGCCUAGCCUCCGCUGGGGCUGCAUCAACGACAUCUGCACAGAAGAAACGCGAGCGCGCGCUAGAGGUACAGCUCACGUACAUGAGCCGUGACUUCUUCUACUACCGCAUGAAGCAGUACGCUAUCAUGAGCGUGUCGCUGGCAACCAUGUUCUACGUCCUGCGUACCUGGUACAUGGGCAAGUCGGUCGCGAAGCUGCCUUUCGCUCCCAUGUUCCCCUUCUCCCGGCUAGCACACCAGUGGCUGGAGAAGCCGGGGGCCAAUGACUGCAGUUUCAUGUUCCUUUACGUCAUCUGCAACAUCGGAAUUAAGCCCAACAUCGCCAAGCUCAUGGGCACGCAGCUUCCAGCAAACGUGCAGAAAGCGACGGACAUGCAGAGCAUGACGUCACGCUUCGCAAAACUGACGACCGGGAGGGGAGUUUAGACGGUCACGUGGUUAGGUUUUGUGCGUACGCUAGGGGCACCGGUGCAUUCAGGCUGGGGCUUUCAGGCGGGAGAG